UGAUCUUCGAUUGUCCAUUUCAACUGUAUACCCUAGAUCGUACAUAAUGUCCGGCUCAGAACAAACAGGAGCUGACAAUUCACAGUGGGAUAGCAAUGCAGCAGCAGCAGCUGGAGAUAACUCAUCAUAUGACUGGAGCCAAUACUACGCCCAGCAAGGAUACGACUACAGCCAAUACAAUGGCUACUACGAUCAAUCACAGUACAACGGCUACUACGACCAAACAGCAUACAAUAACUAUUAUUAUCCCUCUACAGCAACAUCAGGUGUUAGUACACCAUCUUAUGGAGACGCAGGUACGCCUUCUGUACCAAAAGAAGGACUACCUGAACCAAUCUCUAUAGAAGAACUCAACAGAGUCAGUAAUCGAGCAAGAGGAAAGAAGCCAUCCAAGAUCGUAAGAACUGCAGGAGGAGAAACUUGGGAGGAUUCAACGCUGACUGAAUGGGAUCCAAACGAUUUUCGAUUGUUUGCAGGAGAUCUAGGCCCAGAAGUGGAUGAUGACAUGUUGACCCGUGCGUUCUCGAAGUUCCCUUCAUUUCAAAAAGCAAAAGUCGUCAUGGACAAGCGAGCGCAAAAAUCAAAAGGAUACGGGUUCGUCAGCUUUAACGAUGCAGAUGACUUUGUCAAAGCUUGGAAGGAAAUGAAUGGCAAGUAUGUUGGCAAUCGACCUAUAAAGCUCCGCAAAAGCACUUGGAAAGAACGUAAUCUGGAUGUACGAGCAAAGAAGGAGAGUAUCCGCGCUACGCCUUAUUCUAAACCACGGUAGACUCUCUUUUCUUUAAUAAUAAAAAACUCAACUGUAAAUGACAUACUUGCUAGAAGCAAUGAAAAAAAGCGUGCGCUUUAAUAAAAGUAGACAUUUCAUACUUCAUAAGACUUAAAGUCUACUUAUUGGAAUA